AAAAGCUUUGCCAAACUAUAGUUAGUUUUCGUUACAUGCAAAAGAGUAAUACAACAUUUAUCAUGAAAAGGUUUAAUUAAUUUUUUUUAUCAACUAGUGACCUGUCCUCGAGACAAGCGAAUAUUUAUAUUUGAAAUAUCAGUUUAAACAUCAAUAUGGUAAUCCCUAGCUUUCCUGCAUAUGUUACCUUUUGAGUAUAAAAAAUCAUUUCAUUUUAUUUCCCUUAGGCUUUAUUACAAAAUUUACAUAUCAAGGUGAGGAAUUGGGAACCAAUAUAAAAUACAAUAGGACAUUCAUCAUAAUUUGUUUUUGCUCAAUAUAAGCAAGCGCAAUCCUCAUUCCCAAACCUAUAUAAAUCGGACUGUUGAAUUGAAUAACACCAGGAAUUUAAUCAAAGAGAUGCUGCUGAAACUGAGAGAUAUCUGUAUUUACGUUGUAUCCGUGACCACUGCUUCUGCGCUUUUUCUUCCAAUACCCCCUCCACCUCCACCCCCGAAGUGUACCUGUCCGUGGAAUUACGAGCCUAUCUGUGGAACGGAUGGGAACACGUAUAACAACCCAUGUCUUCUGGACUGUAAAAGAUCAGUAAAAAAGUUAUACGACGGGCCAUGUUCUAAAGGAUGUGUUUGUCCUAACACAAAUGAGCCCGUGUGUGGCAAGAAUGGAAAAACUUAUGACAAUGAAUGCGAGGCGACUUGUGCGGGUACUAAGGUGCUACACACGGGGAAAUGCCGUAAGUCCUGCCGCUGUCUGACCACAUCGUACGCCCCCGUGUGUGGGGAUGACGGAAGGACCUACUCAAGCUGGUGUAGCGCCGAAUGUGAAUAUCGUGUGUCAGUAGUACAUGCUGGCCCGUGCCACACUAAGUGCACGUGUCCCGAAAACUAUGAACCAGUUUGUGGAUCAGACGACAAAACCUACAGUAACGAAUGCGAGGCUGACUGUGCGAGAGUCAUAGUUCAACACACCGGAGCCUGCAGAAAGUCCUGCAAGUGUUCUUACAAGUACAGCCCCGUGUGUGGUGCCGAUGGAGAGACGUAUGACAACACUUGCUAUGCUGAAUGCGCGGGCGUCGAAAUCUUUUCUAAAGGAGAAUGUCCGAACUCUUGUAACUGCCCUCACCAGUACAAACCGGUCUGUGGCGGAGACGGCAAGACGUACGGAACACAAUGUGACGCUGACUGUCUGGGUGUCAUCGUUGUGUCAGACGGUGAAUGUUUGCAGGAAUAAGGAAAAUCAAUGAUGGUCCUGAUCAAUACUGAUGAAAAUGAACCUGUUGGAUUUCUAUGUUGUUUUUUCUUUUCUUUUUUUAAUUUAUUAAAUAAUUUAAAUAUAUACAUGUAUCUACUGAAUUUUGUAAACUAGG